AUGCCAAAGAACAAGAAGCUAGGGUCGGUAUUGCCAGCCGAAGCCGUUGGACAAAGUAUGGGAGGUCCUAGUGGACGCUUAUCCACGUCUCUUGAGAUUGAAGACUCAUCAAAUGAGAACCUCAAGCAUCGCCUUCAUGAGUGGGCAGGCGAACGCAACGAUGACGAGGCAGGUUCGGAAUACGAGAUGCUUAUGGACCCAAAUCUACCUCAGGAGUAUGAGACGCGACGAAAGGGUUCAGGAGAGUCUGGUGAUGAAGCAGCGCUGCUCAGUGAUGAUGCAGAAGACGAAGAGGAAGAAAACUCCCCUUAUCCUGAAGUUCGAGCUGCGGUAAGAAACUUCGACGAAGAUCUUCCAUGCAAUACAGUGAGAGCUUGGACUAUCGGCAUGAUUUUCGUCGUUACUGGAGCGGCUGUAAAUACGUUAUUCUCUCUCCGCCAACCAUCCAUCAGUAUUGGGCCUCUCGUCGCUCAAAUUGUUGCGUGGCCUAUAGGCAAUGCCUGGGCGUUGUUAGUGACUGACAGGGAGUUCAACACUUUUGGUAUAACGUGGACUCUGAAUCCCGGCCCCUUUAAUGUCAAGGAACACUCAAUUAUCGUUGUCAUGGCCAGUGUAUCAUUCUCUGUUGCGUAUGCCACGGAUAUCAUCCUUGCACAGGUCAUCUUCUACAAGCAGGACUUUGGUCUUGUGUUCCAGCUUCUCCUGACUAUCUCAACGCAAUCUGCAAGUUGUCCCUAUGUCACAGUGGUCCUUCAACUAACCUUAGAAGUCUAUCCUGCAUCCAUGAUCUGGCCCGAGAAUCUUGUUGGUGUAACUCUUAUGAAUGCCAUGUACGAGACAAACGACACACCAGACCCUGCCAUUAUAGGAGGCAGAAUGCACAGAUACAAGUGGUUCGCCAUUGUAACUGCAUGUUCCUUCGUAUACUACUUCAUUCCCGGCUUUCUCGCGCAAUUUUUGAGUAUCUUUGCUGUGGCAACAUGGAUGGCGCCCCAGAAUCCUAUUGUGAAUCAGCUGUUUGGAGGGCAGACGGGUGUUUCGCUUCUUCCUAUCACCUUCGACUGGACUCAAAUAGCAGGAUACGUUGGCUCGCCGCUCAUUCCGCCGUGGCAUGCUAUCGCCAAUACCGUCAUCGGAGUUGUUGUAUUCUUCGUUAUAGGAUCAUCCUUUCUUCACUAUGGCGGAGCGUGGUAUGCUGAGUAUUUGCCCAUGAGUGACUCCUCAGUUUACGACAAUAAAGGAAACCCAUACAACACCUCACGGAUUCUCACGAAAAACUUUGAAUUGGAUGAAGAAGAGUACAAGAACUACUCACCCCUUUUUCUUAGCACCACUUUUGCCAUGUCUUAUGGCUUGUCAUUCGCUGCUAUAUCGUCACUAAUUGUCUACACCUAUCUGCACAAUGGAAAGCAGAUCUGGCAACAAUGGAGAAACAGCACCAACGAGAAGCCUGACAUUCACAUGAAACUCAUGAGAAAGUAUAAAGAGGCGCCUACGUGGUGGUAUAUGUCCCUGUUUGCUAUUAUGCUGCUUAUAGGAUUCUAUACAGUACUAGGCUACCCAACCAAUCUCUCCUGGUGGGCUUUUCUGCUUGCAAUAGCCAUCUCUUUUGGUUUUGCUCUGCCUAUAGGCAUUAUCCAAGCUGUUACAAAUACUCAGAUUGGGUUGAAUGUCUUGACCGAGUUCGUCUAUGGAUACCUUCAGCCAGGCCGGCCUCUGGCGCUCAUGAUGGCGCAAUCACUUCGGUUUGUCUCGGACUUGAAGUUCGGACAUUACAUGAAAAUCCCCCCUCGAACCAUGUUCCUGUCUCAAGUCGUUGCCACUACAUUCUCGUGCUUUAUACAGAUCGUCGUUCUAAAUCUGUCCCUGAAAAGAAUACCUCAAGUCUGCACUCAUGAGCAAGUCGACCACUUUACGUGCCCCGGUGGCCGUGUCUUCUUUGCCGCGAGUGUCAUCUGGGGCCUUCUAGGCCCUGCACGCAUGUUUUCCCCUGGUCAGGUAUACUCUGGCCUCUUUGUCUUCUUCAUCGUGGGUGCCAUUACACCAAUAGUCAUCUAUGUCUCAGCCAAACGAUGGCCGAGGUCUCCGGUGCGAUAUCUCAUGGCACCCCUCAUAUUUGGAGGUGCAGGGGCAAUCCCGCCGGCAACACCGCUGAAUUAUCUCUCAUGGGGCAUUGUUGGCUUCGUCUUCCAGUUCUGGAUCAAGAAGCGCCACUUCAGGUGGUGGACCAGACUCAACUUCCUAACCUCGUCAGCUCUCGAUCUAGGUCUCGCCCUAGCGACUUUGUUCAUCUUCUUUGCUUUUACGCUUCACGGUGUAGAUCCGCCAAGCUGGUGGGGGAACAACAUUGUCACUUCGACGAUGGAUGUCCAGGGGACCGCGAUACAAGCUCAUGUACCGGAUGGAGAGCGAUUCGGGCCCGAGAACUGGUGA